GUGAGGGGGCGGGGCUUGGAGGACGGCGUGCGUGGGGCGGGGCGCACGUGGCAGGGUCCGGGGCCUUGCGGUUCUCUUCCGCAGCUGUGCGCGCGCUCAUGGCGUCCCGGGCUUCUGAGCCCCGUGCUGGGGUUCCGCGAGUUUCCCGGGGAUGCAGUGGCCCUUUUCCAUCGAGCACCCAGGUCUGCUGCGAGGACCACCUUGGCCAGGGUUCGGGCCAGACCAAGGGGCCUGCGGUGGCGGAGGGUUCCGGCUCCCACCUGCCACGGAACGUGCUCAGCGAGAGGGAGCGCAGGAAGCGGAUAUCCUUGAGCUGUGAGCACCUGCGGGGUCUGCUGCCGCGGUUUGACGGCCGGCGGGAGGACAUGGCCUCGGUCCUGGAGAUGGCAGUGCAGUUCCUCCAGCUGGCAGGCACUCUGGUGCCCGGCUGGGAGCAGCAGGCUGUUCUUGCUUCCUCCAAGGAGCCGUGGCUCGCGUGGCAGACGGAUGUCCUGCAGCUGGCCCUGGCAAGUCAGGCCCCGGCAGGCGCCCCGGAUGCCGGCGUGGGAACAUCCAGUGUGAUUCAUCAGGCCCCCCCGAGCUGUGAGGCCGCAGCUGUGGAUGAGGGUGAGGCCCUGUCGGGGGUGGCCGACAUGCUGGACAGGCCGCCGGCGCUGCCUGAGUCGCCCAGCCUCGUCCCCCAGUCCCCAGGUCCAAGACCCCCCAAGGUCCUGAGGCCAUCCCCUCUGUGGCCGGUCCGCUCGCAGCAGCCCCCUUCCCCGCUGGUGAGUGAGGAGCCCCGGAGCUGCCUGGGCCAGGCAGGGCCCCCCACUACGGGGGCCGACAAAGCCCUGAUGCCGGACUCCAGGUCUGUGUCAGGAUGUGAUGUGGCAGAUGGUGCGUCCGUUCUGCUGACCCCUGGUCCCGACUGGUGGCUGGCAGGUAGAACGAAUACAGAUGCUGAGAAGAACAUUCCUGUUUAAGACCCCACUGGCGCUCUGGGGCAACCGGAUGUCUUUUCUACCUACUGUUCCUCAAGCCUUUUCAUACUGUUCAAGGGGACGACAGAGGAUGGGAUGGUUGGAUGGCAUCACCGACUCGAUGGACAAGAGUGUGAGCAAGCUCCGGGAGAUGGUGAUGGACAGAAAACCUGGCGUGCUGCAGUCCAUGGGGUCGCAAAGAAUCGGACGCGAUUGAGCGACUGAACUGAACCAUUGUCAAGCAACUUAGUUUUUAAAAAUUGCAGUAUAGUGUAUUUACAGUGUUUCGGGUAGACAGCAAUGUGAUUCAGUUAUAUAUAUAUUUUUUCAGUUUUUUUCAUUAUAGGUUUUUAUAAGGUAUUGAAUAUAGUUUCCCCUGCUGUACAGUAGGUCCUGGUUAUUAUCUGUCUUAUAUAUGCAGCCAAUAUAAGUCAGUCGUGUCUGACUCUUUAUGACCCCAUGGACCGUAGCCCACCAGAUUCUUCUGUCCAUGGGAUUCUCCAGGCAAGAAUGCUGGAGUGGGUUGCCAUGCCUU